AAUCUUUCAUUUGUGCUUGACGGUAUAAGAAAAGUCAAGUUCGAAGACCGGCCCGUACCAGCACUGAACAAUGCUUACGACGUCCUGAUAACCGUGAAAUAUACAGGAAUAUGUGGCAGCGAUGUUCAUUACUGGGACCAUGGGUCUAUCGGCCCAUUUGUGCUGAAAGAACCGAUGGUACUCGGUCAUGAGUCCAGCGGCAUAGUUGCUGAGAUAGGUUCGGCUGUCCAGUCCCUUAAAGUAGGCGACAAGGUGGCCUUGGAGCCAGGAAUAUGCUGCCGGCGAUGUGAGCCCUGCAAGAGUGGGAAGUACAACCUAUGUGUUGACAUGGCAUUUGCAGCAACCCCUCCAUAUGAUGGAACUCUUGCAAGGUACUAUGUUUUACCAGAAGACUUCUGCUACAAGCUACCAGAUACCAUGGAUCUAAAGGACGGUGCGUUGAUGGAGCCGCUCGGGGUUGCUAUCCAUAUCACUCGCCAGGCAGAGGUUAAGCCUGGUGAUACGGUAGUAGUCUUUGGCGCUGGGCCAGUUGGCUUGCUGUGCUGUGCUGCUUCAAGGGCGUUCGGAGCAGCCAAAAUCGUCGCUGUUGAUAUUCAGCCAGGCAGGCUGGAGUUUGCAAGCAAGUAUGCUGCCACGGGGGUGUUUCUACCUGGAAAUGUCUCGGCAAUUGAAAACGCAGAGAAGUUACGCUCAGAGCAUGAGCUCGGCCGUGGUGCGGAUGUGGUCAUCGAUGCGUCGGGUGCUGAACAGUCGGUCCAUACUGGCAUCCAUAUCGCACGACCGGGCGGAACGUACGUACAAGGCGGCAUGGGGCGAGACGAGAUCAGUUUUCCUAUUAUGGCUGCGUGCACAAAGGAGUUAAACAUAAAAGGCAGCUUCAGGUAUAACAGCGGCGAUUACAAACUAGCUCUGGAGCUGGUUGGCUCUGGCAAGCUCAGUGUUAAAGAGUUAGUGACCAAAGUGGUCGACUUCACAGAUGCCGAACAGGCGUUUUUGGAAGUGAAGUCCGGAAAAGGGAUCAAGACACUCAUCGCAGGGGUAGAAAACUGA